AUGGCGGAAAUCGAUGUUCCCAAAAUAAUCCAAGUUCCGGAUGACAAUUUCUUUUCUUUCUCGAGAAAUGGAACGACAGUUAUCUGCUCUGCGAAGGAGUACACCCUCGAGAAACCAUUCAAAUUCCAAGGACAACGAGUAAUUAUUCGUGCCGAGAUUUUAGAAAUUCCAUUUGACAUCACACUACCAAGCAAAGAUAUUGAUAUUGCAUGUCACACACUACGACUCGGCUCUUCUCUUCGAACAAUCGAUGUUUCAGGGAGCCCAGGGAACCCAAAGGAUCCGGAAACACUGGAAAACGGCGCUGCUGGAGACAAUGGAGAACCAGCUGGAAGUAUACGUGUUUAUGUUCAAGCCAUGGCAUCCGAUAUUGCUCAAAAUCUACGACUGAUAGCAAACGGAGGACGAGGAGGACCGGGGGGUAGCACAUCAGCAAAAGACAAAGUUGGUGGUAAUGGAGGUAAUGGAGGUCGUGGAGGGUUCAUCAGUCUUUCCUACGGGCAUCAAACCCAAUCUAUAGCCGCAGCUAUUUAUAAGGCUGAAUCUUCCUCAAUGCCCUGGGCAGAUUCCAUUGCCGGUAUACAAAAGGAUAUAUUGCAGCCAUUGAUAACGGCGGAUCCUCCAGUGCUCUCAGAUGACACACUCUCGCGGUUUAAAUCUCUGGUAGAACAGGCGAAAGCAUUGCUAGAGGUGGUGAAGUCCGUUUCUGAAGCCCUGGACUCUCUUCUGUCGCCUGAACCAGAGACAUCACGAGAAGUUUCUUAUGAUAUAGAAAACAUCGCUUCAUUGUAUAACGACCAUGUCAAACGGCUUUUAUCUCUUCAAAUGGGGAAAGAAUCUGAUGUCGAUCCCGUUCAAUGCGGAAGCAAAGAAAGCUUGGAUCUUGCCAAAAAAACCAUUCAAGCGUGGCUUGCGAAAGAUAGUACUACGACAGACGAUGAAUUAAUGAGUGCUUUGCAGUUAGCUGCCACCCCUAUGGGCUUACCGUUUGCAGACCUAAGGAAACUUUUCAAACCUUUGUAUAACUUCGUGGUAGCUGCGAUGAGAAAACAGCAGUCUGAUAUCAAAAACAAUAUCUGUACCGCGCGAACAGGUAGAGAUUCUCAUGUUCCCCCAUUUCCCAUAGUUUUACCGCCAAGUAACAUUUUGAUGAUAGGUAUUGCUGGGCCAGGCGGGAACGGACCCCAGACGGGUGUGAGCGUUGGUAGCCGUGGAAAAGAUGGUGCAGCAGGACACGUCCAAAUUUUCCCAUUCUCUUACAAUCAAGGCCUUAAAACGAUUAACGUGAACCAUGCAUACGCUCUUCCUGAGCAAAGUCAAAUGGUUCUCAACACGGCAAACAAUUUAUACUUCGCGAUUGACGGUAAAAGCCGUGGCAUGGCUUGUCUUUUGUACGAACGUUUAGUCAACCGUUUGAGUUUUGUACCACUCUUGUGGUCUUCAUCGCCAGAUGGCUCAUUGGAAGCGAAGGAGUCUAACUUACUGGAGCAAUACACCGACAUGCAAGACAAUCAAAAGAUUAGCUUACAGAUGGCGGAUCAAUUGGUUACAAUUCAUUCCCAAGCUACUAGCAUGCUUAACCAGAUUCUGAAGGGAAAGGAUAUGUUUGGUUUCACAGAUGAUUUCGCCCCACGCUUAACAUACGAUUUCUAUAAGAGCCGGAUCGAUUCACUAAUAAAAUCGGUGAAGAGCUUUGAAACGACAGAAAAGAGCUAUAUAAGCGCAAUGAAGGAUCAGGCAAAGGCCGCGGAUGUAAUAUCUGAUGGAACCACCUUGUUCGAAAAAAGAAAAGAGCAUGCUGAAAACCGCAUAGCAAUUUUGCAAGACUCAAAUGGACCAUUACAAACAGCGUCAUACCAAAUAUCAUUGUUCACACCAAACCUGAAGGCAAAACGAGCCGCGAUCAAAGAAGGUGUGAAGGUCGUAUCUGAAGAUAUCAAAAAUCGCCUUCAGAUAGAUGCUGGAAUGAUAAUAGACGCUUUUGCAACUCUUGCCAUGGCACCAGCAUGGUUUACCGUGGCUACUCAAGCUGCCAAUGUUGGCCACAAGGCAUAUACUGAAAUCAAAGACUCUUCUGGCGUAAGUGUACAAAAGGACCUUGUUAUUACCGAAUUGGGGGAUGCCGGGACAACUUUAAUGUCGCUAUCAGACGCAUUCCGCAGCAGAAGUGAUCAUUCUCUUGAACCUGAUGACCCUAAUGCUAUUAAAAUCAUGGCCGAAGUCGAUAAAAUUAGGGACCUUUUGAAAAGAUUCAAGGAUGCAAUACCCAGUCAAAAAGGUGACAAGCUGAAACAAGAUUUAGAUGACUAUAUGGAGCUUGUUAACAACCGUAAUGCGGCUGUAAUAGAAUAUAAUUCCGCUUUGGAAAUGCUUUCGAACGCGUAUCAAGAUAAGUCUCUUUGUGAUAAACAACUGGAAAUUCUGGGCAGCGCCCAAAUGUCGCUAAAUGCAAACUUGCCAACAAUUUGCCUCUGGCUACGAAAGGCCCGCGACGACUUGAGGUUCGACACGAUGUUGUACAUAAAUAUGGCUGCACGGGCCGUAAGAUAUUGGGGACUGGUAGAUAUACCCGCUUUCAAAGGCGAUGGACCUCUAUACAACUCCAAUGCGCUCGAUAAAUGGGUUAGAGACGUGGAAAAAAAGUGGGUUCUUGCGAAGGAGAAAUAUUCCUAUCUUGUUAAAUCGAAGUGGCCGUCGGAGGGCCACAUGGGUCCAGUAUAUCGUCUCACGGAAGGAGAAAUUUUCACUCUCAAACAAUGCAGAGGCCAAACGGAUACUCAAACGGGUGAGUCUACUCAGAUAUACGGCGUAAUGAUCCGGUUAAGGCCAAACAUGCUCGCCAAUAGCAAGACAGAGCCGGAGGCAAAGUUGUUUUACCAGAAAAACAACAUCCGCCUGAGUCAAGUUCGAUUCUGGAUUGUAGGCUUGAAAGUCGGCGAGAACGAUUUGAAGCAGGAACUAGUUUCGGUGCAGAUUACGAUGCUUGGUGAUGAGCAGAUUGUGGACGAAAAACGGACUACGUGGCGGUUUUCAUCUCAGCCGGUGCGACUCGAUUUCGAAUAUGAAAAUCGUGGGAUCGAAGGCCUCACAGACUGCACCAGUAACCGAGCACUUAAUACCCAAAUGCUUGGAUAUAUGAGUAGCGGGGACCCGGAUUCGAGCGCCGAAGCUGCAAUUGGACCAUUCGCUACCUGGAGGUUCGAAAUCGAAAAAACCAGAGGUCUUGAUAUGGAGCACAUAGAAGACGCAUACAUAGAAUUCUGUGGGAUGAGCAGGCCGUUUAGCUAG